AGCUCGAGGUCUGUGUGGUGUUUUUUUUAGGUGAGAUCAGCUUGUAACCCGACUGACUCAGAUGGAAGGCAGUCAAGGCACCAUCUCCAAUUAACGACGUCAAUCAAGCUCCCUAGCGUCUUCCUCCUCCGUCCUCUUCGGCGAGCUUCCAGCGCCAGCCAGCCAGACGCCCAUCUCCGGCAAGCAACAGUAGCGACCAAUACUCCGGCAGCCCAACCUAGCGUCCUCCUUCCAUAUCGAAAAAACGAGGUUGAUUAACGGAGAAGACCAGACCCAUAUGCAUAGAAGAACAGAAGCAAUUCCAGAUCCAAUCUGGUGAUCCCGAGGAAUUAUGAGAAGAGGUAAAUUUUGGUGACUCAACCGGCAACAGAGAAAAGAUGUCGGAUGCAGAUUGGGUAGGUUUGGAUCAGAAAGCUAUGUCCGUGAUCUGUCUCUCGUUGACCAAGAAUGUUGCGUUCAACAUUCUGAAAGAGAAGACAGCGAAGAGAAUUAUGGAAGCGCUGUCUAACAUGUACGAGAAGUCAUCUGCAGAAAACAAAGUUUUUCUGAUCAGAGAGGUGGUGAAUACAAGGAUGAAAAAUGGCACUUCAGUUACCGAGCAUAUCAACAAGUUGAAUUCGAUCUUAGCCAGACUUUUGUCAGUGUGCAUUAAGUUCAAUGAUGAAGUUCAAGCUUUACUACUGUUAUUGUCAUUGCCUGACAGUUCGUCCGGAACUGUUAAAUCAGUUACCAGUUUAGCGGCACCUGACAGAUUCAGUUUUGAAAAGAUUCGUGACCUCGUUCUUGGUGAAGAUAUCAGAAGGAGUUCGGCUGAGUCUUCGAAAGAAUCACUAAAUAUCGUCAGAGGCAGAGGAAAUAAAAGAGAGGAUAAACAAGUGAACAUUGCUAGAGGCUCCGCAAGUGACGAGGAUUCCUUGGUCAUGAAUUCUGUUGCUUCAUUUCAUGCUACCCACAGAUAUGAAGCAUUGCAGAAUCUAGUUAUUGGGGACUUUGGAAAGGUACGACUAGCGGGCGACAGAGCUCUUGAUGUGACGGGAAUGAGUGACAUAGUGCUGAAGACCCCAGUCGAUUUCUGGACUUUGAAGGAUGUUAGAGUGCUUCUAGCCUUAAAGAAAAGUUUGAUGCAGUUGGACGAACAGGGACACGAGGUGAAGUUCGAAAACGGGCAGUGGAAGGUUGUAAAGAGAAAUCUUGUCAUGGCCCGUGGAAGGAAGAGAGAAGAUGAUAUUGAGCGGGCAAAGAUUGAUGCCCUCCUUCAAAGUUGGACUUUGUCCACGGUCUCUAAAGAGAUCACUGAUUUCAUCAUUGCAUUCAACUCCAUCGCUCAUGCUCUUUGGACAGGGACAUCCAAUAUCUUUCGUGAUAAUAAGAGUGUGUGUCUCACGCAACUUGAACAUCGGUUCCGCAUGACGGUCAUAAGCACCAAAUCCAUCACCGAGUAUUGCGAAAAGCUCAAGAAUCUGGUUGAUUGUCUUGAUGAUGUUGAUGCACAUGUGUUUGUUGCUAAAAAAACCCUAGUCGUGUAGGUUCCACGUCGCUUGUUGCUCGAUAUGAUGUUCGAUCACAGGUCUGAUUCUUGCAAUUCCUCAAACCUGUCCCGAUUCACGGGUGACAAGAUAACACCACGGCAAGUACGUGCACUCCAUGUGUCUUCUUUCUUGAAGUAUGCAUCUAAUUUCACUAAAGAACUACUAUUUACCCCUUUCAUUCGAAAUUGAAUUACCUAUUGUGGAUUAAAAGGUUUGAAUUACC